CUGCACGACGAGUUUUAAAAACAACAACAUGGCUGCGAAUUUUUGGCUUUCCACUCACUACAAAUACUGGCUCUUAACGAAAGAAGAACUUGUCACUUCAGCCGGCCGACAGGAGGAUUUAAAAUAUCUAACUCAAGAAGAAUAUCGGAAAAUUCACAUCCUGUUUGCGAACUUCAUUCAGGCGCUUGGCGAACAUUUGAAGCAUCGUCAACAAGUCAUAGCGGCCGCAACGCAGUAUUUCAAGAGAUUUUACUCGAAGAACUCGUUGAAGAACAUAGAUCCGCUGCUGUUGGCGCCGACCUGUUUGUAUUUAGCAUCGAAAGUGGAGGAGAAUGGGGUGAUCUCGAAUAACAGAUUGAUUCAAACUUGCGCCACUGUUCUGAAGAAUAAAUUUAUGGCUGUCUUCAACUGUGAAUAUCCAUACAGAAUUAACCAGGUCUAUGAAUGUGAAUUUUUUAUUCUCGAAACAAUGAACUGUUGUCUAAUCCUAUAUCACCCAUAUCGGUCAUUAACUCAAUAUGUCAGAGAAAUGCCGGAAGACGACAGUUUUCUCUCCUUAGCAUGGCGAAUUGUUAAUGACAGCUUGAGGACGGACAUUUGCCUUCUCUACCCUCCCUACCAAAUUUCUCUUGCGGCCAUUUACAUGACUUGUGUUGUCAAAAAUAAAGAUCCUAGUGAGUUUUUCAAAGAACUUUGCGUGGACAUGGACAAAAUCUUGGAAAUUACCCAGGAGAUUUUAAAACUCUAUGAGAUACUUAAAACAUACGAUGAAAAAAAAGAGAUGCCAGGAAUUCUAGCGAAAGCUCCUAAGCCAAAGACAAGUAGUAGGCCAUCUUCCUCGGCUAGUUCAAGUUCACAAUAUUUGUCACAGUCUCCUGUGGUUUCAUCUCAGAGUGGCACACCAAGAUGAAUGUGAAGAUGCUUGAAGUUGUUUGUAAGUAGCCACAGAGAGUACAAUGAUGAAAGUCUUGUGAUGAAAGCAAGUUGGCAGAAUGAAAUUCAUAAAGCAGAAAAAUAUGG